CCACUUGGGAGGGGUCCGGAUGCGCUGGGAGUACCUAAUUGGUGGACAGCCCAUGUUGGAGAUUGCGCAUGCUGAGGCCGCCGCGAAGAGCGGAGACGUCGUCCUCACAGGGAGGACGUGGGGGCUGGUGUCCGAGCACUGCAAAGGAAGAAUGAUUAACGGCGAGCCCGCUCUCUGGCUGUUGGAAGAAAUUUCUAUUAAGUUCAAGCCGCCGGCAAAUCCUCCUGUGGACCCUGAUUUGUCCAUUCAAGCGUCGCUGCGCUCGUACAUACCAGAAACAAUCAGGAAACGAAUCGACAUCGGGUUAAGCGAUUGGAUGGCUGAGCUCCGCCGAGUCACUGUGAUGUUUGUCCAACUGACCAACUUGACUUUUACCGGUAGAGACGAGGAGACGGACAAACUCCAGCAUUCCUUUACGCACAUGCAGUCGGCUAUAUACGACUACAGCGGGAUUAUAAGACAGUUCAUCAUCGACGACAAAGGAAGCGUGCUAGUGGCUGCUUUUUUCCAGCACGAAGAUGAUCCCGUGCGCGCGCUUAAAGCCGGCAUAAAUAUCAUUUCCAGACUUAAAAAUAUAAAUGUCAACUCUUCGAUUGGUGUGACCACUGGGAAGGUUUUCUUGGGCGCCGUGGGGAGCUCCAUCCGCCACGAGUUUGCGAUGGUUGGCGAUACCGUCAACCUUGCCGCCAGGCUUAUGGUAGUGGCCAAUAAGUUUGUAAUUUGCGACAACUACACCUUUCAGGCGGCCAAUGCGUAUCCCGGGACACUUCUAAAAUUCCUCUCUCUCAACUCGAUCCGAGUUAAAGGCAAAUCUACUCUCAUUCCGAUCUUCAAAGCUUCGCUGGAGGCAUCCGGCGAUGUACUUGUGUGUCCGUCGCUUGGCGACAAUCGAGAGGAGGCGGCCAUUGUGGGGAGGGAAGAGGAGUGCGAUCUCUUGUUAAAGUUUAUAGAGGACGGCCUUUCGGGAAAAAAAAUAGUUUUCGUGGAAGGAGAGGAGGGUAUCGGAAAGUCGCUCUUUCUUUCGCACGUUCGCGAACGGAUCGCAAAUCAGGGCUGCACCAUCGCCAACAUAAAGGGGGACAGCGCCAAUAGCAUGACCCCCUUGCACGCCUGGCGACGCUUUACUCUUGAGAGAAUAUUCAAGUUUGCAAAACCCGUAGCAGAGAAUAGUACAGAAGAACUGAGGGCGGCCGUACUGGAGUCGCUCAGCAAAAUCAACAGCGUGGAUGCUGCUCCGCUUCUAAAUGACUCUUUCAUGCUGAGCUUUCCCGACACGCGGCCGGGCUUAGAGCCUAAUGCCAAAUUGGCGGAGACCGUAUCGCUCUUCACAAAGCUCAUCGCAAAAGAAGUAUCAGACGCUCAAAAGUUCGUAGUAUUUAUUGAUGACGGGGACUUGGUUGACCGGUGGUCUUACGAAGUUUUAACUCUUCUUUCAAAAGUUUUUAUAUCACUGGUCAUUAUUAUAUCACGUGGCCUGACGUCGACCAUCCCGAGCGAAACCAAAUCGCUUAUAGAAACUUCCGAAGUCUUUCACUUGAGACUUUCUCCGCUGACCUCUGAAAGCACUAGAGAAAUUAUUCUUCAAGUCCUUCAGGCUAAAAGUAUUCCUAACGCGGUGGUGGCACUCAUCCACGAGAGGUCGUCCGGAAACCCGUACUUCACAGUUCUCCUGGCGACCUCUCUUUUGGAAAGCAAUGCCGUGAAGGUGCUUCCCCACGGCGAAUGCGAGUUUUCCAAGAAGCUGAAGAACGUUGAAGAUAUCGCUCUUCCUGAUACUCUGGAGAACCUUAUUACCAGCCGGAUAGGCCGCCUCUCUUCCAAGGAUCAGUUUGUUUUAAAAGUUGCGUCAGUGGUGGGAAUGCAGUUUGAGUUCCGUCUCCUGACCAUGAUCUAUCCGGUGCCGGAGGACAAAGGCUCCUUAGCGCAGAGCAUCGAAGCAUUGCAAGCGAUGAACUUUAUAGAGCCGAUCCCGUAUGAGAAGGAGCCGACCUUUCAGUUUACACAAACGGCCGUACGGGAUUGCUGUUACAACCUGCUCCUCUUCGAGCAGAGGCGACUCUUACACGUGAGCGUGGCUGAGUGGUACAAAGAAUUUAACGACGAUUCCAAACCGUACGACCACUUGCUAGGUUAUCACUACGAGUGCGCCGGGGACCUCUCAAACUCUUCCCUCCAUUACAAGCUUGCCGCCGAUGAAGCACUCGCGCAGUACUCCUUAAAAAAAGCUGCAAAUUUUUAUAUAACCGCCUUUAAAAACUUUAAAAACGUUCAAUCUGCCAAUCAAAGCGGCUUUUAUGCGCAGUUACUAAAUGGUUUAGCAGAGUGCUUCUAUCGUUUGGGUCAAUACAAGAAGGCGUACUUUUAUUUUGAGAGUGCCCUGAAGUACCUCGGACAGCCGCUGCCCAGAAUGAAGACGGGUUCGAGUAUAAAGGACGUGUUUCGCUGGAAGUCGUCCACAAAAGGGGACGACGCUCUCUGCUUGGAAGCCGUACGCUGCUACGAAAAUCUUUCUGUUAUCUUUUAUGCCGUUGGAGACAAGAGCAAAAUGGUUAAUUGCGUUCAUCAAGCAUUGAGCCUCUCAACGGUACUUGACAGCAAAGCAGAACUCGCCCGAAUCCACGUAUUGUUGAGCCUUUCAUCGAAGGUAAGUGGGGACGAAACAACGGCAGAUAAACAACUUAAAAGGGCGCAGGAGCUUGUUUCUUGCGUGCCACAUGCACUCACAUUUGCAAACGUUUUGUUCUACGCCACUUUGAAAGACGCCUUAAACGGUAUCCCCUCGCCUACUGACUUUAAGAGUGUCUUGGAAAUGUACUCCCGAGCAUUUGAGUGGACAAAAUGGUGCGAGGCCACACAGCUUCUGUCAAUGUGCUCACUCUGGGCCGGUGACUUUGGUGAAUCUCUCGAGGCGGGAAAGAGGCUUCUAGAGUGCGGAGUGAAAUAUGACGACGUGGUCACUAGUAUCACUGGUCACUUAGUGCAGGCUCGCGCUCAUUUGGGACGAACUGAGUACAGUGCCGCUUUACAGUGGCUGAUGGAGGCUUCCAGGAUAUUCGAAUCAGAAGAAAACCUCACCUUUCAUACUUCUCUUCACCUCGAAACAAUGGGGUUGCUUGCCUGCGCUUACUUUCGCUCAUCAGACUUUGCACGAACAGUAGAAGUAGUUCAUGAUAUAUUGCAUAUGGAGUUGCUGGAAGUGCACUUCCACUUGUACCUUAUGUACUGCGAGCUGAUCGUAAUAUGCUUGGCUCUCUGGCUAGCUCCUCAAUGCGAAGCGCUGACGAGUAAAUGCAGCGUCGAUAUUAAAGGAUUAUUACUGAGGCUCUACAAUGCCUUAAGUCACAUGGCCAAAGCGUUCCCUGUUUGCGCGCCUCGAGCGCUAAUGCGAAAAGGGCAGGUUGACUGGGUGCUGGGGAAUGCAAAGAAGGCCAAAAGGAAUCUCGAGGAAGCGCUCAGCCUUGCAGCAGAAAAACUACCUUCUGGUAUGAAAUACGAAAUGGCAUUUUGCCAGUUCGAAGUUGGCUUUCUUCUUGAGGAUGAGCUUGUACGCGAGGCGGUCUUCAAAAAAGGUGCCGAGCAGCUGGCCGAACUGAAGGUGCCCUUCCCGCCAUCUUUAAUCAGUAAUUAACCUAACAGCCGGCUUUCAACGCUCUCGCAAAUAUCACUUGCAACAUUAUGGCAAGACAACGUCGUUUUUUUAUUAAAAAAAAAAAACCUUCAGCCUCACUAUGAUAAUGUAGGUAU